CAUUAGGAACAGCUGUUCCAAAUCAAUGAGAAAACUUCUCACACAUUGCAAGAACGAUUAAGCAACUUCAACAACAUUUUAUUAAAUUUUUUCAAUAAAACUUUGUAAAACCCAUACUGCAACAUGUCUUUUAUGAAAGGUAGAGCACCCAUACGCCGUACCCUUGAUUAUUUGAAUGCCGGUCGUUUGGUUUUAAAGGAUAAAGUGAGAAUAUUCAGUGUCAAUUACAAUACAUACGGCGAACAUCAUGAUGGUGCCCGCGACUUUGUUUUCUGGAAUAUCCCUCAAGUUCAGUAUAAAAAUCCUGCUGUACAGGUAAUAACAUUAAAAAAUAUGACACCAUCACCAUUUAUCCGCUGCUACUUUGAGGAUGGCCGUGAUAUUCUGAUAGAUGUCGAUAGCAAAAAUAGACAUGAAAUUAUGGAUCACCUAAUGAAGGUGGUAGGCAAAACGAAAGAACAAUUGGAUGCCGAAGCUCGUUUGGCUGAGAGUAAAGACAAUCCCGCCAACUUUGGCCAUGGCUGCAAUCGCCAUUGCAUAUGUGAAAUUCCCGGCCAGGUUCCAUGUCCAGCAAUUGUGCCAUUGCCAGAUCAUAUGCGUGGCAAACAUAUAUUUGCUCCAAAAUAAAUAUAAUUAGAAUUGUUGUUGCUAUUAAAUUUUGCUAAAAUACAAUUAAGUUUUUAUUAGUCCCUCUAGCAAUAGGGAGAUUUGUUAA